CAGACAAUUUCGCUUUUACAACACCUUGCUUUGCUUGAAAAAUUCGCAUUUUCUUUACGGCAGCAAGUAUAGGAUGGCUGAAUUAAAUGGUAUCUAAACUUUCGAUUGAUCUUAUGAAUCAAUGUAAAUAGACGGUUAGAUGACUGCGAUGACUUGCAAGUGGAAUGGAUUAUUUAACGUUGGGGAGGACUUCGAUGAUGAGGAUCUACUUGAGAUAAACUGGUCCGGUCCAUCAGUGUCUUCUAGCACAGUGUCCUCUGUAGCACAGUCCUGUUUCCUCCGUUCUUCAACUGCAGCCUCAACUCCUGCUGCUCCCUAUGGCCAGAAGAACUCACACCAACCAUCCACAGAAGGCAUACAUGCCCAUAGGGGCCUGUUGAAUGGCCCAGGGUCAGAGAAAACAACACCGACCACUGUAGGACAGUGUGCUGCUUUGGGUUUGAGACAGCUCUCUACAUCUAAACCACUGCCCACAUUCCCUCCUCCCCCUCUCCAUCUUCCUACACUGAGUAGGGGACCAUGUACAGUUCCCCAACAGAGCUCAGCACCAGCUCAACAGAUUCAUUCAAAAACUACAGGACAGCAAGAGGCCCCCUUGCUGCAGGAUGACUUUGAUGAUUGGGAUGUUGACCUGGAUGAAAGUGAUCCACAGAUGAGGACUUGGGCUCAGGUCCGAGAAACUGUUCCAGCUGCAGCCCCAUAUAUAACCAAGCCCAGCGAUGACUCUGUAUCCCCAGCCAAAAGACUACGGCCCUCAGCCUGUGGUGGGGCUCAAACCGGGCCCAAAGUGGGUCUGAGAGGAUUCAGUACCUCAAACCAAACGUCUGGUCUUCCCAGUAGUAAUAUACCCCAAGGGUCCUCAUUCCCUGGCCCUGGUCUAAGUGCUGCUUUCCUCCCAGCUCCACCCCAGAGCCCAGUGUUUCCUGGCCUGACCAUGGCCUCCUCCCCCUUCUCCAGCCCCUUCCCCAGGUCUGUGACACCCAGGCCAGUCAGAGGGCCUCCUUCCCAGAUACAGAGGCCCUGGGCUACUCCUCUGGCUCAGGGAUGUAGCCUGUUUGACCCCAUCUCCCCAUCCCCCUCUAGUAGGUUUGGCGGACCCAUGUCCUCCCCAGUCUCACCCCCAGACCCCCGUUCUGACCACACCCGGCCCAAUACCCGCCGCUUCCCGGCCCUGCCGGGAAUGCUGCCACAACAGCUCCACGGGCAGAGCCUGGAUGACAUUGUGGUGGCCAUUCCUCAGACACCUGCACAUGGGGCCGUGGCUCGACUGCCCAGUCAGGUUCCCAGCUCUCAGACUGAGGAAGAGGAUUUCAGUGGAGGUCCGUGGGCAGCGAUGAAGGCGGAUAUGGGAUUGGACGAAAGGAACACCUCCUGUUUUCUGCACUCUCACAGCGUGGCCAUGGUACUCCGCAAGGCGGCCCUGAAACAGCUGCCGAAGAACAAGGUCCCCAACAUGGCUGUGGUACUAAAGAGCAUCCUCCACACACACGCUGAUGCCAAGGCUGUGUUCGGGGAUCCCACAGGAGAGAUGCAGGGCACAGUGCACCGGCGCCUCCUAGAGGACAGACUAGGGGAGCUCAAGACAGGUGGGUGUGUUCUCUCCGUCCCAUCGUAACCACUACCUGAACGUGACGCCCAACAACCUCCUAAGGAUCUACCCCCCCCCCGACGGCUCCACCCUGUCCUCCACACAGACCCAGCUGCUCCCACCUGACCUGGAGCCUCUGUUGGCAUCACCUGAUCAGUCCUCCAGUGUUCCAGGGGCCCUUCUGUCUCAGAUGGAGUUGUUCUAUGAUGAUGAUGAGGAGGAGGUGAUUGGAGCCCCACAGGACUCAGCAGACUCUGGAGCUGACUCCACUAGUGAUCCCCAGGGCCCCCCUGCUGCUGCACCACAGGACCCAUCCUGGGACGCAGAUGGCCUCGAUGAGCUUCUUGGGGAGUUGCCUGUUGAGUCCUACUGCCUCUGACACCUGCCCACCUACCCCA